AUGGUGUGGGAAAACCUCGAUUCUUGGGCCCAGUUUGGCCUGGGAGCUUUAUUAAUCAUUGUCGGCUUGUUUUAUAUGACAUUUCUCGUUGUCUGUGGCUUCGCAGUUGGAGGUCUCUUGGAAAGCACAAAUACUGUUGUACUUCAAUACGUUACGGGCUGGCUCUUACUAGUUGUCGGUUGGACUUGUUUGAUCCUUCCAUGUAUCGCCUACUACUUCGCUGCCGUCGGUCUGUUCAUCGUCGGCAUCAUACCCGCAACUAUCUUCAAGGCGACCUGCAUCCGGCUCUACACGUCUGAGUCUUUCAUACACAAUAUCACCCCGCGCAAUGUUCUCUCGGCUAUCGGUGAGGUUCCUGAAGUCAUUUGGACGUACUGGCUUUACUUUUCGAUGUGGCUGGUAGGAGGCGAUUGGGAGGAGAUGAAGGCUAAGUGGGAGGCGACAGAGUCCCAGGACGAGACUCAUUCCAAUAAGCUUGAGAACAUGAACGGUCAGGCGACAGGUACAGCGAACACGUGCUGA